AUGUUUCAUCACGAAUACGAGAAACGACUAUUGAAAUCAAACAGCGAGAGCCACAUAGAUAAUUUAGCCAGUUCUAGACUUCACUCGUCAGUGUAUUUUUCGCCGAUUAAAAUAAUGAAUAAUAGCUUCGAUAGAUUUAUACCAACACGAUCUGGUAAUAAUUAUCAAACAACAUUUUCAAUGAUAUCGGAAAAUAAUCGAAAUGGUAUAGUCACGAAGAAAACUCGUGAGAAUGGUGAAAGUAAUCGCGAUGGUAUUGCUUAUUCAUGUCUAUUAAAAAACGAAUUACUUGGAGCAAGCAUAGAAGAUGUGAAAGGACAAUGUGAAGAACGAAGAAUAUUAUCACCGGUAGUGACCAGAAAUCUCUUCAAGUACAUUACACCUACAAAAGAUCAUGCAGUGUCAGACCAAAGUUCACCUUAUUCUUUAUCACCCUUGAGUGCCAAAAGUCAGAAACUUUUAAGAUCUCCCAGGAAAGCGACAAGGAAAAUUUCUAGAAUACCUUUUAAAGUAUUGGAUGCUCCUGAAUUGCAGGAUGAUUUUUACUUAAAUCUUGUUGAUUGGUCCUCUCAGAAUGUUCUCAGUGUUGGCCUAGGUAGCUGUGUAUAUUUAUGGUCUGCGUGUACCAGUCAGGUGACUAGAUUGUGUGAUUUAUCCAGUGAUGGCAAUAGUGUAACAUCAGUUGCUUGGAAUGAAAGAGGAAAUUUAGUUGCAGUUGGAACGCAUUUGGGCUAUAUUCAAGUAUGGGAUGUAGCUAUGAGCAAACAAGUAAGCAAAUUACAAGGGCAUAAUGCAAGGGUUGGAGCAUUAGCUUGGAACGGUGAAAUUUUAUCAUCUGGUAGCAGAGAUAGGUUAAUAUUGCAAAGAGAUGUUAGAACUCCUUGUGUUGUGAGUGAAAGACGUUUAGGAGCUCACAGACAGGAAGUAUGUGGACUAAAAUGGUCUCCCGACAAUCAAUACUUAGCUUCUGGUGGAAAUGACAAUCGUCUUUAUGUAUGGAAUUUACAUUCUCUGUCACCUAUUCAAACAUACACAGAACAUUUAGCAGCCGUUAAAGCUAUUGCAUGGUCACCACAUCAUCAUGGCCUUUUGGCUUCUGGUGGUGGUACAGCUGAUAGAUGCAUUAGAUUUUGGAAUACGUUAACUGGCCAACCAAUGCAAUGUGUAGAUACGGGUUCUCAAGUUUGUAAUUUGGCUUGGAGUAAGCAUAGUUCAGAGUUAGUCAGUACACAUGGUUAUUCUCAAAACCAAAUUUUGGUGUGGAAAUAUCCCAGUCUGACUCAAGUUGCAAAAUUAACAGGACAUUCGUACAGAGUUUUAUAUUUAGCAAUGUCACCAGAUGGUGAAGCUAUCGUAACUGGUGCUGGAGAUGAAACCUUGCGAUUUUGGAAUGUGUUCAGCAAAGCACGUAGUCAAAAAGAAAACAAGUCUGUAUUAAAUCUUUUUACUAGUAUUCGAUAAAUUAAUAGAAAGGAAUUAUGAUAUUAUGUAUAAUACAUAAUAUAUAUACUAUUCUAGUAUUCUGAAAAAUUAUGAAAUGUAUAACAUUUAUAACUAAUAAUUUACAAAUAUUUAGUUAUAAUUGGAAAAACAUAUUUUGAACAUGUAUUAAGAUUAAGUUUAUAUGCACAGCGUAUUGUUCAUUAAUUUUUAUGUGCAAUAAGUUAUUCAUAAAAUCAUGCCCUUAUAAGAGAAAACAAAGAUGAUAUAUAGUUUUUAUGUAUUUUUCAUAUAGAUAUUUUUAUGCCCAAAGCAUUAAAAUUUAUAUAUCAUCAAUGUAAUCUAUUUUUUACAUGAAAUAUACAUUUUUUAUAUUUUAUCUAAUUACACAAUAUCAGUACAAUAAUUAUUGAUUAAUUAUUUAUAUCUUUUGUUUCAACCAAAUUUAAUAAUUUAGUUUACAUAUACAAUACUGUAAAAUAUAACGCAAAGAAGAUGUAAUAUAAUAUUUUUCUCAAUUUUCAAUUGCAACAAUGCAUAUAAUUUCUUUUAAGGGCAUAUUAUUAUACACUGUACAUGUAUGUAUGUGCGUAAACGAAUGAGAGAAGCAGGGCAAAAGAGAAAGAGAGAGAAAGAGAGAAAUUUCAAAUAUUUAUAAUUUUUAAUUUUUUAUAAAAUCUAUAAAUUUUCGAAAAAUAUUUCUUACGACCUUAUAAUCUUACCAAAAUUCAUCAUAUAUAAAAUUUAUAUAGAAAAACUUAUUAUAUAAAAAAGGUUGUAUCUUAAUUACCAAUUAUUUCUCUUUCGAAAUGAUUUAUAUUAAUUUAUAUUUUGCAGUUAGCAAAUUGUACAAACAAAUUGAAAUAUGAUUUAUAA